GAAGCCCAAGACAAAACCCCUCUCCAGAUUUUAUCCUCUUCCACUCACGACCACCACAGUGCCGUUAUGACCUCCAACAGCGUGGACUCAUCCCAUAGCCUUCGUCACACCACCGCAUUCCUGUCCGAAACAAUCUCACAAUCCAAUCACCGUCACCACAUCAUCUCCAUCCUCCGCAGCAAGAUUCUGCCUUCCGACCAACUCACCCUCAAACCCCUAAAUUUUGCCACCGAUAUUCUAGAAAGGCCUAUCUCCAACACCAAUGCCACCGUCCAAUCCUCCUCUCUCCGCCUCGGUAAAAAGCUCCUCCUCUCUCUCCUAUUCCGACACCACCUUCUCCUCCUUCCUUCUGUCCCUUGUCUACUCCCACCGGACCAACCCAUCGACGCCUCCAUUAAUCUCCUUCAAAUUUUCUACCAAGACCCUUCACUGGCUCGAUCAGAACUCUCCCCUGCUCAGUUCUAGACUCUGUUUCUUCCCCAUUUCCUCCCAGUUCAUGAAUGUUUCCACCAACAAAGAUCAACAAUCCUA